UACCGGAUGAACAUCUGUCUGCACUGAUCCACAAAGUUGCAACAAUGGCAGCUGUUAAAGAUCUGCUUCUAGAAACACUGGAGGAUUUGAGUGAUCAGGAUCUCAAGGAGUUCAUGUGGUUCCUGCAGUUCACUUGUUUUCAGAAGAGUCUUCCACAAUUCCCACCGAGUACAAACAGAAAACAUAUAGUGAAUGCGAUGGUGCAAACAUGUGGCCAUCAGUCUGUGGAGGUAACCAUUGAUGUUUUCAGGGACAUGAAGAGAACUGAUCUGGUGCAGAGGCUGUCAGAGAGCAGCUCAGGACUCAAAGAGAAACUCUUUGUGGAUGAAUACUGGGCUGUGCUGAGCCAGAAAGUAGAAACGUUGGCGUCUGUUAUUGAGCUGAUUUUGGAAACCCUGGCUGGUCUGAGUUACUGGGAGCUUGAGGUUUUUAAGGAAGUCCUGUGUAAAAUUCAUUACAAACAUUACUCAGACAUCCCAAGAAUCAUCUACAUGAGGACAGACCUGCAGGACACGGUGUUUUUCAUGGUGCAGACUUACGGUGAGCGGUCAGUGGAGAAGACCAUGGAGGGUUUGAAGGAGAUGAAGAGGACUGAUCUGGCUCAGAGGCUGUCAGACUGCAGCCCAGAACCCAAAAAGAAACACUCUGUGGAUGAACGACGCUCUGCACUGAUCCACAAAGUGGCAAUGGUGGCAGCUGUUAAACAACUGCUUUUGGAAGCUUUGAAUGAUUUGAGGAAUUCCGAGCUCGAGGAGUUCAAGAGAUUCCUGAAGUCAAUUUUUCUUUGGAUGAGUCUGUCAUACAAAUCACAGAAGCUGAGUCCAUCAUCAAACAGAGCAGAUGUAGUGAAUCUGAUGAUGGAUGAACUUGGUCAGCAGUCUGUGGAGGUGACCAGAGAAGUUUUCAUGCACAUGAACAGAACUGAUCUGGUGCAGAAGUUACCAGAGAGCAGCUCAGCAUCCAGAGAGAAACACUCUGUGGAUGAACAUGGAGCUGCACUGUUGAAGAGAAAAGAAGCGAUGGAAGCUGGUAAACAGCUGCUGUUUGAAACACUAAAUGAUUUGAGUCAAAAGGAUUUCAAGAAAUUCAGUCUGUUGCUGAAGUUCACGUGCUUCAUGAUGGGCCUGCCACAACUAAGGACACUGUAUACAGAAGCAACACACAACCUAGUGUAUCUGAUGAUAAACACCUUUGGUCAGCAGUCUUUAGAGGUGACAAAGGAAGUUUUAAUGGACAUGAACAGGAGUGACCUGGUGCAGAAACUAUCAGACAUCAGCUUCGGAUUCAAAGUGUCCUCGGAGAAGAUUCAGCCUUCAUUGUUCCAGACAGAUGCAUUCAUUACAUCAGCUAUUAAGAAACUUCUGGAAACACUGGAAGAUCUCAGUUUCAGUGAGCUUGAACAUUUUAAGAGAGUCCUGCAGCAGAGAGUAAGAAUCUCAGCAUCCCAGCUGGAGACAGCAGACAGAGCUGAUGUAGUUAAACUGAUGGUGCAGACAUGCGGUGACGAGUCUGUGGAGGUGACCAUGGAGGUUUUAACAGACAUGAACAGGACUGAUCUGGUGCUGAGGCUGUCAGAGAGCAGCUCAGCAUCCAAAGGAAAAGAAGCUGAAAUAAGUUUGGAGCUUAAGAGAUGUGGAACGAUAAUGCAGGACUCGAGUGAUUGGACUAAACUUGAACCUGAGGUGAACAGUACAGAUGCAGACGAGGCUCCAACUUACAGCCUUCAGUCUGCAGCAGGACACUUUGAAUGCAGAGUCUCAGGCUUGCGCUGGGUCUGUAAGGGAAAGACCAGCUUUCAGUACCAGUUUAGAUCUUGGGAGGGACACAUGGAGAGGAUGGAGAGCAGACAAUACAUGCCUGCAGGUCCUCUGAUGGACGUCACAGUCACUGCUGGGAAGUUAAAUGAAGUUCACCUGCCACACUGGAUCUGCAUCGAUGACAUCCCUGACAUAUUGGACAUGUUUGCAGUCGUUCACAUAGAUGACUGUGGAGAUGUUGUGGAAAAAGUGUCUGAGGUCACACCAACACAUGUCAAGUUAACUGAACCGAUUUUCUCUCCGAGAGCGGUCCUGAUGAAAGUCGGCGUUCCUGUGAAAAUCAAUUGUAACGUGUUGAUAUAUCAGACCAACACGGCUUUCCUCACACUGCAUGUUUAUCUGAUCCCACGUGAUCCUGGGCUACAGCAGACGAUGGACCGGAGAGAAGUAUCCGGUGGAUACAAAGUCAUCCGAAAGCCACAUCCAGAAAAGUCCUUGAAAAUGUUUCAUCCUAAGAGCAGAUUUGGAUGGUGCAGAAAUCUGUCCUCAAGUGUUAAAGCUCAGAUAUGAAAGCAGAACUCCAAAUUUCUUUGAAGUGUACAUGAAGAAUCCAGACAGAGACUUCCAGCUCAGACUCACACCAAAAAAAGAGCUUCAGUCAGUUUGGACCCGCACUGUUAGAAAAGGUAAGAUUCAAACUA